CUGAGAAUGGCUGGGCUGUACGAGAAGCCGUCGGAGACGUACGCCAAGAAGCGUCCGCGGUACCCCAAGGAGUGGUUCUCCAUGCUGACCGGCCUCACCGCCGGCCACCAGCGCGCUUGGGACGCGGGCUGCGGCAGCGGCCAGGCCGCCAUCAGCAUGGCCGAGCACUAUGAGAGCGUGGUGGCGACGGACGUGAGCGAGCGCCAGCUCCGGAACGCCAUCGCGCACCCCAGGGUGCGGUACGCCCACACCCCGGAGCACCUCUCGGAGGAGGAGCUCGUGGCCCUGGUCGGCGGCGAGGGCUCCCUGGACCUGAUCGUGGUGGCCACCUCCAUCCACUGGUUCGACAUCCCGCUCUUCUACGCCGUGGUGAACCGCGCCCUGAAGAAGCCCGGCGGCGUGCUCGCCGUGUGGGGCUACAACUACGAGAUUCACCCGUUCGAGGACGCGCUGCACGGGCAGCUCUACGCGGCCCUGCGGCCGUACCAGGACCCCCGGACCAGGCUCGCCAUGGAGCGGUACCGGUCCCUGCCGUUCCCGUUCGAGCCCGUCGGGUUCAGGUUCUUGCUGAACGUGGACAUGGAGGUGGAGAUGACGCUGGAGGACCUGGCCGGGUUCGUGAUGACCGGGUCGGUGGUGACCACGGCGAGGGAGAAGGGCGCCGGCGCGGAGAUGGAGGCGGUGGUGAGGGACGUGAUGAAGCGGGUGGAGGGGGAAUGGGGGGACGCGCCCACCGUGCCCAGGAAGCUCGCGUUCAAGGCGUUCAUGCUUGCCGGGAGGCCCAAGUGCUGAACUGAAACUGGUUGCUGAACUGCUCAUCGGUGAUCGGUGAUCGGUGAUCGGUGAUCAGGAAUAAGAAUAAGCGUUUCUUGUCAGUCAGAGUGAGACUGCGAGUGAAAUGUCAGCUACAUCAUCUAGGCAGCCGCUUGAGUAUGUAGCUGGAGCUGCUUUUUUUCUUCUUCUGUCGAAUAAGUCCGAGCAGAUGCUAGUAUGCUACGGCUAAUAACUUUGAGGAUUAUCAAUGAGAUUUUUAUUUGUGUACCAUUAUAAAUUGUUCAAAUGACCUACG